AUGAGGAGGGUGGUGGUAAGGAGCACCAUGCACAUCACCACCAUGAGCAUGGCGAGAAAGGCCACAAGGGCCACAAGGGACACCACCAUCACCACAAGGGCGAGCACGGUGACCAUGGCAAGCAUCAUCACGAGGGACAUCACCACGAACAUGGUGGCGGCCACAAGAAACACUGGGACGAACACGACCAUCAUGGCCACCACCAUGAGCACGGCCACCACCAUAAAGGGGGCAAACACGGCCACCACAAGCAUCACGACAAGGGGGAGAAGACUGACGGCUACCACAAGAAAUAUCACAAAGAUCACUUCCACAAGGACCAUCACUUUUAUGAUGACGACCAUCACGAGGGCAAGCACCACAAGCAUGGCCAUCAUCAUGGACAUCACGAGAAGCACGGCGGAGGUCAUAAGAAGGGCGGACACUCUGACCAUGGCCACCAUGAGCAUCAUCAUGGCAAGCAUGGUCAUCAUGACAAACAUCAUUACGACGAGGACCACCACGGACACAAGGGUCACCAUGGACAUGAGGAGCAUCAUCACCAUCAUCACGAUCAUGGCAAGAAGGGCGGCCACCACGACCACAAAGACUGGGGCUUCCAUCACGGGAAGCACUAAUACCGGUCAGCUG